AUGGAAGUGAAGAGAGACAUUCGUCUUCUUCAAUUGUAUAAAGCAGCGACUUCUACUUUACUUCACUUGAUCAUAGUCAAUUUGAUUGAUACAGGAUAUUUAUUAGAAGUCGUGGAAAAAAAAAUUGAUAAACUUAUUUGUUAUGGUUUUUAUUAUUUUCAUCUAUAUAUUUCAAUGAUAAUUGAAACUCGAGAAAGUCUCCUUCAUUCUUUUGAACGUCGUCCUCCUCGUCGUCGGCAUCAUACAUUAGAUAAUGCAACAUUAGAUCAAUUUAAUUUUAUUUGUGUACCAUUAAAUCUCGACGAGGCACCAAAUAAUUCAUUAUCAUCUCAUUAUAAUUUAACUAGUACAUCUUCAAACAAUUUUUUAAAUUUAAAACCAAUAAGAUUAUCAUCACCUACACGUCGUGUUCGUUUUAAACUUGAUGAAAAUGAUAAAAAUGGAGAUAAUGAUAAUAAUGAUGAACAUAUACAUUCAUCAGAUAUUGUUCGAUUUCCAAAGGAUUAUUCAAUUCAUCGUGUUGAAUUUCAAAUUCCAAUGCAUACUGAUAUCAAUCCAUGGUUAAAUAUUGACUGUUCAUCUGCAUUGUCUACAUUAGCUAAAACACGUUCAUUAACAUCACAAAAAAUUGAUAUCAGUUAUAAUAAUAACAAUAAUAAUGCAACGUAUCAACAAACCAUAAUACCAUCCAUCAAUUCUCCAAUAUUAUCGACUAUCGAUUGUAACAAAACUCAAACACAGUGGUACAAAGAUAUGUAUUGUCAAAUACAUAAAUUACCUGAAAAUAAAAAAGAUGUCCUUCUUGUCAAAUUACCUCAUACACCUUCUCGAUAUCAAGAAUAUUAUCAGAACCAAGACGAACAACAAAAUCCAUAUAAACCAACAUAUACAUUUCCUGAAGAAUUUGACGGUAAUUUAGAACGUAUGGAAGAUUAUAUGCGAAAAGCAGCUUUGCAAAAUAUCGAUGACGAUUAUCGGCACAUUUCGCUCUCACCUGUACGAACAUCAACUACAGCUGUGAAAGAUCAUAAAGUAAUACCAAAACGAGAUACAGAAAAAAAACUAACACGUUUUGAUGAUCAAUUAUCAUCACCUAUAAUGACAGGGUCAUCAAUAGAACGAGCUAAAUCAAGUAAUGAUGCUUCGCCAUCAUCUAUAAUGAUCAAUUCAAAACCGAAUACUAGCUAUCGAACAUCAUCAUCAAUAAUAGAUGAUGAACAAAAAUUAAUCUAUAAACGAAUAUUACGUGGUGGAGAUAUUCCAUCAGUUGGUUUACAAAAACUUUCUAUUAACAAUCGAGAUCGUCCUUUAAUUCUUACAAAUAAUUGUUCAUUAUCGCCGAAAUUAUUUGCUUAUUAUUCUAUACAUUGGGAACAAAAUCAAACGAAUCAGUCAAAUAAUCUAAUUGACAGUAAUAUGCGUUUUGAAAUAAAUUCAUGUUUAUAUUUUCAAAAUACGAAUGAUAAUGAAUUAGAACAAAUACGUCAAGAUGGUUGUGGAUAUAUUAUAACUUAUCCACCUCAUAUUCAUCCAACAGAUAAUUUACAAAUAUAUAAUUUUGAUCGUACAAAAAAUUUUCUUUUAACAUCAAAUGAUGUUUAUUCUGAUGACAAAAGAUUAAAUUAA